CUUCCUUGGCACGUUUUAAUACAACUACCUAUGCCGUGGCUCAGUGUGAAAUCACAGAUUCUGCUCACCUUCCAGUUCACACCCCAACGAUAAAGAGAAAGGAAUAUCAUAAUAGAAUCCUCUUUCCAACUCAGAUUCCAAAGAAAGCAGGGAUGAAAAAAGGAUGGCAGAGGGCAUUGGCUGUAGUGUGUGACUUCAAACUCUUCCUGUAUGAUAUGGAUGAAGAAGAAGACUCAACACCCAAUGUUGUAGUUAGUCAAGUGAUUGACAUGAGGGAUGGAGCGUUUUCUGUUAGUUCAGUCUGGCCCUCUGAUUUUAUUCCUGCAAGGAGAAAGGAAAUGCCUCGUAUGUUUAAGGUCACAGCUUCCCAGCUCUCAGCACCUAGUAAUAGAUAUUCAAUCCCAAUCUUAGCAGAUAGCGAGAAUGAGAAGAGUGAGUGGGUGAGCGUGCUGAGUGAACUGCACAAAAUAUUGAGAAAAAGUCAUUCCGGAGACCGCUCAGUCUAUGUUCUGAAAGAGGCUUAUGACAACAAUCUACCCCUGAUCAAAACCACCCAGACAGCUGCAAUCAUAGAUCACAAAAGAAUCGCUCUGGGAAAUGAAGAAGGGUUAUUUGUUGUCCACGUUACCAUAGAUGAAAUUAUUCGCAUUGGCUACAUGAAGAAGAUUCACCAGAUUGAGCUUAUCCCCCAUGGCCAGAUGGUUGCAGUGAUCUCAGGACGAAGUCACCAUGUGCAGCUGUUUCCCAUGUCAGCUUUGGAUGGACGAAAGACUGAUAUUCACAAGCUGGCAGAAACCAAAGGGUGCCAGACCGUGACUUCUGGAACAGUGUGCCAAGGGGCCCAUACAUGCCUCUGUGUGGCUAGGAAAAGCCAAGUCUUCUGUUACAAGCUGUUUCAGAGCAAGAAAAUUUCUCACAGAAAAUUUAAAGAGCUCCAAAUCCCAACCAAUGUCCAGUGGAUGGGCAUCUUCAGCGAACAGCUCUGUGUAGGAUUCCAAUCAGGAUUCCUGAGAUACCCCUUGAGGAGAGAAAGAAUUCCAUACAGGAUGCUGCACUCCCAUGACCCUACACUGUCAUUUAUUGCACAUCAACCAGUGGAUGCUCUCUGUGCAAUUGAGAUCUCUAGUAUUGAGUAUCUGUUAUGUUUUAAGAGCAUUGGAAUUUACACUGACAGCAGGGGCCUCAGAUCUAGGCCAGCUGAACUGAUGUGGCCAGCAACUCCAAGUUAUUGCU